AGCGAACAGUACGGAGCAAGAGCCAGACGUGCAGAUCGUUCAUAGAUCGCGCGAAGUAGCUCCGAAGGGCAACGUACGCACGGUCGAGUUUUCAAGUUUAACCUGAUCAAUUCUAAAAAACUACUUCAGAAGUUUUGAGCUAGAGAAUGUUAACUAAAAUGGGAAUCGUUGCGAUGGGCUUGACUCUAAUUGUCCUCAUCUUGGUGGUAGUGACUGCUUCGCCUACGAACACAACUACAGAUCAAAUUUUGGCAAAUGAAACAACGACAGAAAUGCAGCAAUGUCAGCAUCCUCUGACUAGACCAAAAGGUCUAUUGGAUUAUACAUUUUGGAAGAAAUUCUUCAAGCAUUGGAAUCCCUUCACAAGCAAGACACGAGUUAAAAUGCAAUUUUAUCUCUUCAAACGGGAUUUCCCGGAUUGCGGUAAAGAACUAUUAAUCGGCGAUGAUGAACUAUUAGCUAAGUCUAAUUUCGAUGCACGUCAUCCGACUAGAAUUAUCGUCCAUGGAUGGAUGAGUCAAGCUCAUGGAUCAUUGAAUCGGGAUGUUAAGAAUGCAUAUCUCAGUUUAACACAUGGCGAAAAUCCCUUGUAUCCCGACUUCAAUGUGAUUGUUUGCGAUUGGAGUAUGAUUUCAUCGAAUGUAAAUUAUUUUGGUGUCGCUGAUAUGAUUGAGGACUUGGGCUUCCUGCUGGCGGAGUUUGUGCGUCAUUUGCAUAUGCGAGCGGAUUUACAUUACGAUGAUGUUUACGUGAUUGGACACUCGCUCGGCGCUCAGAUAGCCGGCAGUGCGGGCAAACAGAUCAAACCGUAUCGCUUUAAUACAAUCUUUGCUUUGGAUCCGGCCGGACCAAAGUUUCGGGAACAAAGCGAUGAUUAUCGCAUAGACGCAAGUGAUGCCCACUAUGUGGAAUCAAUACAGACAAGUGUAACAUUCGGUUUCGAGCAACCGGUUGGCCAUGCCACUUUCUAUCCAAACUAUGGAAAAAAUCAAAAGAAAUGCUAUGUAUAUGGUUGCUCGCAUAAGCGAGCUCAUCAUUAUUUUGCCGAGAGUAUUACAAGUCCAAAGGGAUUCUGGGGAAUACGUUGUGAGCGUUUACCCGAUCAAGUUUGGGUUCUCUUGGACAAUGAGGGAGAAUUUCGCAUGGGUGGCGAACCAUCAUUGCCCAAGAAUGGUACUUUCUAUGUGAAAACCAAUUCGGAGCCACCAUAUGCAAUGGGACAUCGUACAAAUGUCGAUGUGUUUCAAAGAAGAGAAGUUAAAGUGGACAUGAACGAGGAGACCGAUAAAUCUGUAUAAAUAUGUCACAUAUCAAGAGAUUAAGAAUUUCAGCAUUAUUGUAAAUAAAUUAUGUAAAAUGUUUAUAAAACAAAACAAAA